UUUAAAUGCUUACGUGGGAGUUAUUCUAAGCUUUUCUCAAGAGGAUCAGACACCAUGAGGAAAGUCUACAGCCUGCAAAUCCAGUAUCCUGAGCAGACACGAGAAUUUGACAGUCGAUUAACAAAGACGGGACGCCGCUCCCUGUCCCAUUCCAUUUCUCAUUCCUCUACAGACAGCAACAGCUCAGGGGGUUCAGAUGCAGAAAAUCCAGAAGAUGAGGUCUCUCCUCGAGACAUGCAACAGAUUAACUCUAAAGGGAGCAGGGACUUCUGCAUCAAAAACAUCAAACUGGCAGACUUUGGCCGUCGAGAGAUAGAACUUGCAGAGGAUGAGAUGACUGCACUAAUGGCCUUGAGAAAAGCUACCCAGGUUGAGAAACCAUUGGCAGGGGCUAAAAUAGUGGGAUGCACUCAUGUCACGGCCCAGACAGCUGUGCUGUUUGAGACUCUGAUGGUAUUAGGGGCUCAGUGUAGGUGGGCAGCCUGCAAUAUUUACUCCACUCAGGAUGAAGUGGCUGCUGCUUUAGCAGAGCAAGAUUUUCCAGUGUUUGCAUGGAAGGGAGAAUCUGAGGAUGACUUCUGGUGGUGUAUUGAUCGCUGUGUAAAUGUGGAGGGCUGGGAGCCAAAUAUGAUCCUCGAUGAUGGAGGAGAUAUGACACAUUGGAUAUACAAGAAAUAUCCUCACCUCUUCAAGAAAGUCAAGGGUAUUGUUGAAGAAAGUAUCACAGGCAUUCACAGACUUCAUCACCUCUCUAAAGCUGGAAAACUAUGUGUGCCAGCCAUAAAUGUGAAUGACUCGGUCACUAAACAAAAGUUUGACAAUCUCUACUGCUGCAGGGAGUCCAUUCUGGAUAGUCUGAAAAAGACGGCUGAUAUCAUGUUUGGGGGAAAGCAGGUGGUCGUAUGUGGAUAUGGAGAGGUGGGAAAAGGUUGUUCUGAAGCUCUGAAAGCAAUGGGGUCUGUUGUGUAUGUAACCGAAAUCGACCCCAUCUGUGCUCUACAAGCAUGCAUGGAUGGCUUUCGAUUGGCCAAACUAGGUGAUGUUGUCAGACAAGUGGACAUGGUCAUCACCUGCACAGGUAACAAAAACGUUGUAGUGAGGGAACACAUGGACCUAAUGAAGAAUGGCUGCGUUGUCUGCAACAUGGGACGCUCUAAUACAGAAAUCGAUGUUAGCAGUCUAAGAACCCCAGAGUUAGUAUGGCAGCAUGUGAGAGCGCAAGUGGAUCACAUUAUUUGGCCUGGUGGCAAGAGAAUAGUACUACUUGCAGAGGGCCGUGUCCUUAAUCUAAGCUCCUCCACUGUACCCACAUACGUGCUUUCCAUCACAGCCACCGCACAGGCUUUGGCAUUGAUCGAGCUCUUCAAUGCCCCUGAGGGCCGUUACAAGCAAGAUGUCUAUCUCCUUCCAAAGAAACUGGAUGAGUAUGUUGCAAGCCUGCACCUGCAGACCUUUGACGCACACCUGACUGAGCUCACCGAUGAACAAGCCAAAUACAUGGGCUUGAGUAAAUACGGCCCCUUCAAACCCAGUUUCUACAGGUGA